CACUGGAGGGCGAGUGGUACAAGAGCACCGGGACUCUCCGGCAGCAGAGAGGCAGAGCAGACAGUCGGAGGUAGACGGGAUAGAGUAGAAGCAGGAGCAGGAGCAGGAGCAGGAGCAGAAGCAGAAGCAGAAGCAGAAGCAGAAGCAGCAGCGGCAGCAGGACACGAGCAGAGACAGACAGGCAGUCACACGGAGAGAAAAUCCCGGCCCGGACUCUGCAAAGCACAAUUUCCUAUCUCCGUCGGAUUAAACCCGUCCCCGUCUCCGACACCGAAAUCACGCCAAGAUAUGAGCUUCUCCCGCUGAACGCAAUUGAUGCUGAACUGAGUGUUCCAGUGCUAUCCUCCAGUGUUUCCCCUCCCCUAGGUUUUCUCUCCCUCUGUCUGUCACCAGGUCUUUGAGCAGCCAUGACAAAGUCCUACGAGUUCAACUGGCAGAAGCACCAGCCUGAGUUCAUGCAGGAAGGUGCCUCUUUCGACAGAUUUGAUGAGGACCCAUACAUCUUUGAGCCCAAUUGUCAGAUGAGGGUGGACGAGUACGGCUUUUUCCUCACCUGGAAGAGUGAGGGAAAGGAAGGCCAGGUGCUCGAGUGUUCGCUCAUCAACAGUAUUCGUGUUGGUGCCGUCCCAAAGGACCCAAAGAUCUUAUCAUCAUUCGAGGCCAUUGGAAAGACGGAGGCAGACUUGGAGGGCUGUAUCAUCUGCAUCUGUAGCGGUACGGACCUGGUCAACCUGAACUUCAUGUUCAUGGUAGCGGAGAGCCCAGACACAGCCAGGAAGUGGAUCGAGGGUUUGAGGUCAGUGAUUCACAACUUUAAGGCCAACAACGUCUGUCCAAUGACCUGCCUCAAGAAACAUUGGAUGAGAAUGUGCUUCCUGACCAACGUAAAUGGGAAGAUUCCUGUGAGAGGCAUUACACGGACAUUUGCAUCAGGGAAGACGGAGAAGGGUAUUUUUCAGGCUCUGAAGGAUCUGGGCCUUCCGAGUGGAAAGAACGAUGAGAUUGAACCACCAGAUUUCACCUUUGACAUUUUCUACGCGCUCACACAGAAGAUCUGCCCUCGCACAGACAUAGAGGAACUCUUCAAGAAAAUCAAUGGGAACAAAACUGAUUAUUUAACUGUAGACCAGUUAGUCAGCUUUCUGAAUGAAAACCAGCGAGACCCAAGGUUAAAUGAGAUUCUGUUCCCGUUCUACGACCCUAAGAGAGCCAUGCAGAUCAUUGAGAAAUACGAGAGAGAUGAAGAGCUGAAGAAGAAAGGUCACAUGUCCAGUGAUGGGUUCUGCCGGUAUCUGAUGUCUGAUGAAAAUGCUCCAGUUUUCUUAGACCGGCUGGAGCUGUACCAGGAAAUGGACCAGCCACUGGCCCACUACUUCAUCAGCUCUUCACACAACACUUACCUGACAGGCCGACAGUUUGGAGGGAAGUCCUCAGUAGAGAUGUACCGCCAGGUCCUAUUGUCUGGAUGCAGAUGUGUGGAGCUGGACUGCUGGGACGGGAAAGGAGAGGACCAGGAGCCAAUCAUCACUCAUGGCAAGGCCAUGUGCACAGACAUCUUGUUUAAGGAUGUUAUCCAAGCCAUCAAGGAGACAGCAUUUGUCACUUCAGACUACCCGGUUAUUUUGUCCUUUGAAAAUCAUUGCAGUAAACCACAGCAGUACAAGAUGGCCAAAUAUUGUGAAGAGAUCUUUGGUGACCUCCUCCUCAAACUGCCUCUGGAACAUUAUCCGAUUGAAGCUGGGCGCCCCUUACCCUCUCCAAAUGACCUCAAACGUAAAAUUCUCAUCAAAAACAAACGCUUGAAACCUGAAGUAGAACAGAAGCAGUUGGAGGCUUUUAAGAAACACAUGGAGGCAGGGGAGACCAACACCCCUGCCAUCAUUAUGGGAGAGGAGAAUGAAGAUGACACAGAGAACGGAGAAAAAGAGGCUGAGGAUAAGGAUUUGAAUUCAGAGGCCCCCAGUCUGUCAGAGGCAACCAGUGAGAAAGAGGCCAACAGUGUUAUGAGUAACACUGUCAGCUUGAGGAAAGAAGAACGCAGCAACAGUAUAAAGAAGAUGCCUGAUGAUGAAGUGACAGAGAUUUCCGAAGCCACAGAAGCAACAGACGCCACAGAUAUCUCUGAAGCAUCUGACCAAGACAAUAACAAGAAGGGUGGGGAUGUGGCAGAAGACUCUGAAGAGGCUCUGAUAGCUCAGUACACAUAUGUGGGAGCCACUACUAACAUCCAUCCAUAUCUCUCGGCCAUGGUCAACUACGCACAGCCUGUCAAGUUCCAGAGUUUUGAUGUGGCAGAGGAAAGGAACAUCCACCAUAACAUGUCAUCUUUUAACGAGUCUGUUGGCUUGGGUUAUCUGAAGACUAAUGCCAUAGAGUUUGUCAACUACAACAAGCGUCAGAUGAGCCGUAUCUACCCCAAAGGGGGCCGGGUGGACUCCAGUAAUUACAUGCCUCAGAUCUUCUGGAACGCAGGCUGCCAGAUGGUCUCACUCAACUUCCAGACCCCAGACCUGGCCAUGCAGUUGAACCAAGGAAAGUUUGAGUACAACGGCUCCUGCGGGUACCUGCUGAAGCCUGACUUCAUGCGGCGGUCAGACAGGAUGUUUGACCCAUUCUCAGAGACGCCGGUGGAUGGUGUCAUUGCCGCAACCUGCAGUGUACAGGUGUUCUCUGGACAGUUCUUGUCAGACAAGAAAAUCGGCACAUACGUUGAAGUCGACAUGUACGGGCUGCCGACAGACACCAUCAGGAAGGAGUUUCGCACACGUAUGGUGAUGAACAAUGGACUGAACCCCGCCUACAACGAGGAGCCCUUCGUCUUCAGAAAGGUAAUCUUACCUGAUCUGGCAGUACUGCGCAUCGCAGUCUACGACGACAACAACAAGCUGAUUGGUCAGCGCAUCCUGCCUCUGGACGGCCUGCAGGCUGGCUACCGUCACAUCUCCCUGAGGAACGAGGGCAACAAGCCCCUGUCGUUGCCCACCAUCUUCUGCCAAAUCAUCCUCAAGACCUAUGUGCCCGACGGCUUCGGAGCAAUUGUGGAUGCUCUAUCGGACCCAAAGAAGUUCUUGACCAUAGCAGAAAAGCGAGCAGACCAGAUGAAGGCGCUGGGAAUUGACACGAAUGACAUAGCAGACGUUCCCAGUGGAAGCUCAAAGAACGACAAGAAGGGAAAGGGUAAAGGAGACACUGUGAAGGCAAGUGUGACCCCGCAGGCCAGCUCAGACAUGGCCCAGACCUCCAACUCUGCCCAGAAUAACACAGCAGAAACCAAGAAGGAUGCUGCACUCGUGCCUAAUGUCAGCAUUGAUGACUUAAAACAAAUGAAGACGUACCUUAAAUUGAUUAAAAAGCAACAGAAGGAGCUCAGCGCUUUAAAGAAGAAACACUUAAAGGAUCAAAAUAUAAUGCAGAAAGCCCACUGCACCCAGGUAGAAAAGAUGGUGUCUCUGCAUGAUAAGGAGAAGACAACCCUGGAGAAACUACUAGAGAAAGCCAUCAAGAAACGCGGGGAAAACAACUGCCAAGAGCUGAAGAAGGAGACAGAAGAUAAGAUCCAAACACUAGUCGCUGAUCACAAAGCCAAGGUAAAGGACAUCACAGCACAGCACACUAAAGAGUGGUCAGAGCUGAGCAGCAGUCACAGCAGCGAGGAGCAGGAAAUGAAGGACAGCCACGUCACACAGCAGUGUGAUAACCUCAAGAAACUCCUGGCCACUGUCCAGGAGCAGCAGACCAUGCAGCUCAAACUCAUCCAUGAAAGGCAAAGCAAAGAGAUGCGGGCCAACCAGGCUAAGAUGUCCAUGGAAAACAGUAAAGCCAUCAGCCAGGACAAGACCAUCAAAAACAAGGCAGAGAGAGAGAGGAGAGUGCGAGAGUUAAACAGCAGUAACACCAAGAAGUUCCUGGAUGAAAGGAAGAGGCUGGCUAUGAAGCAUCAGAAGGAGAUGGAGCAGCUACAGAAAAACCAGAGAGAACAGUUGGAGAAACUGGAGAAGUUCAAUGAGCAGCUUUUGAAAUCACACCAUGCAAACAAACAGGUUCAAGGCCAAGGACAUGCAGCAGAUGGUGAAGUUGGAGGAGGAGAUGGACCGCAGACCUGCCACGAUGGUGUGAGCGACUGAGACUGAGGCACAAACACACACACUUGUACUCAUACACACACGCGUAGGUGCAGGAGCGACUCAGCGCGGACAGCCCUCUACAACCCAGAGACGAAAACCCUGCCUACACCACUGUCUCUGUGCUUUUAUGUCAUGUUCACACACAAACACACAGUAGCCCUCGCCACCUCUUUUUUCUUUUGUUCAUUCACCUCUACUCCCUGUCCUCUACAAUCUUACCCCACCCACUAACUUUAUACCACUGAGCCAUUGGUGCUUAUCACUGUUUGACAGGGGGUAUAACCACUUAUCAAGUAAGGAAAUGUUACCUCGGAGUCAGACACAUCCCCUCCUCCAUUGUAUGUAGAUCUAAAUUUUCUAUCAACCUGACUGUUCUCUACAAUCUACGGGCAAGACAGCUGCAGCUGUUGUGGAGACACACACAAACACGUUCGCUCACGGGUCGGAUGAAGUGGACAUCUGUUCCCUUUUUGACUUGUUUGUUUUUAUUUUUUAAAUCGGUACCUGACUAUAACCUCUCCAGAAACGGCGUGGAUGAGGGGAGAAGAAUAUGUAUAAGAUUUGUCAUUUCAGCACAAAUGAAUAAACUUUGUGAAAUACACUGUAUGCUACACACAGUUCCUGUCCUGAGCACUUUGUAUGUAAUACGCCAUCAUAACAAUGUGGAAGAUGUAGCAGUGCACUACUUAAACUACCAGUUUUCUGUAUUUCAGUAAGAAUGUAUUUUAAAAAAAAAAAAUCACUGUAUGAAGGAGAAGAAAACCCCCCUAAUCCUAAAAUGCAAGCUGUUUGACUUCACAAAGGAUGUAUUAACUUUUGUUGUUCAAUGUUACAGCUGACUAUAAAAAGGCUUAUUAUAUUGUUGAGUCAGAAGACUAGAAAAGGAUCACGAGGGAUACUGUUAACUUUGAUUAUUACGGCCUAUUUCUCUGUCAAAUGUAGUUUUAAUUACUGUGAUAUACCCUAGAGAUGUCAAAUAACUGCUGCACUUGCCCUUCAAAAUCACAUACAAUAGUUUUGUUUUUUUGCAAAAAAAAUACCUUAUGCUCAAUUUCCACAGGUUUAUAGCUGCAAAACAUUCUAAUACAACAUUCUAUAAUCCUAAUUUUGGGCUCAAAAUCAUGUAUACUAUGCAAAAAAAAAAAAAAAAAAAGAUGAACAAACACAUGAUUCCCUCAAAAUUUAAGGUGUUCAAAUUUCUUAAGAAUUUUCCAGUAACAGUUACCAAAAGAAGUAUAGGUAAAAGCAUUACAGUAAUAGUAACCAAAAUGUGGUUUCUUUGUAUGCCUUUAAUAUAAUGAUGAAAGUUGUUGCUACAAACUGAGGCAGUGUCAUUAGUAGUUACAACCCUCAAUUGAAAAUAUGAUGAUAUAAUGAAUUGGACAUCUACUAUACAAGGUUAAGUAGGAUUAUGAUGGUUCAUUGCAUUAAGGGGUUUUGCACUUAAACUUUGAAAAUCAAGCCAAAGCCCUAACACACUGCGAACAAAAUUAAUCUAUACUUGGCAGCACAUUAAUUCUGGUGUAAUACAUUCUUUUAAUUGACCAGCCCUUUACCAUCAGACGAGGACUUUGGCCGACAGAAGUCAACGCCAUCUCGUCUUGUCAGUUUCCCUCUCAUUAAGCCGUUGAAGUGAAGCGCUCCCUUAAUAGCUUCUUGACUGCACCUUGGCAACCUCAGAUAGUAAUCCUCAUUGUUUCCCUGCUCGCCUUAGGUCAGGGGAGAUCAGACAGAAUAAUUAAAAGAUUUGUAAUGAGCCUGUGACAUGGCUGCCACAUACCAUCCACAGUAGGGAUUUCAGACAAGGUCUGUAUCCCUCUGUAUCCCAAAAUGGUUCCCCUUAAAUGUAGCAGUUUGAGAGUCUACAGAAGGUUUAAGGAAGCGUUACUGUUAUCAGCUUAGGUGAUACUGCUGGACAAAAAGCCACUGCAGAGGGAGAAAUGUGAUGUGGAUGUAUUAUUAUAAAGUAAUCCUGUGGGUUCUGUAGUAUUGUGCACGUAUGAUCAUGCCAGGCAUUGAUGCUGCAUGGCGUCACACUAACAAAGAUCCACCAAAAUUACAAAUAGUCAUAAUAUGAUAUGAAACCACACAGAAACAUGGGGAUAAAAGCACCUCUAGGUAUUCUGGCCUUUUUAAAGAGUUUUUCUGUUUUAUUCUGCUGUAAUUCACUUAAAAGGGUAGACAGGAUGUUCUUGUAUAUACUGGAAUGUAUGUAGUUUAAUUUACUUUGACCAGUUUUGUUCUUUCAUUCAAGGGCUCGGGGAUGGAGUGGGUCUGUUGGAGAUUGAGGAAAGACAUUUAUCAGCCACUGGGUUUUCUUGUUUGGUUUUGUUUCUGUUUUCCAGUCUGCCCUUACUGCACCACACAACACAGUAUAAAACUCUCACCACAUAUCUAGUGCAGAGAUAAACGAGUAAAAAAAAAAAAAAAAAAA